AUGUCAAAUAAGACCGCUGAAGAAGUUGAAGAACAAAUGCAGGCGCUCAAGGUGGUGGUUAUCCUCGUCUUUACUGCGACCUUCAAUUUCGUUGCAGCUGCUCUCCUAUUCAUUUACAGACCGAAAGAGGUGCAAAAGGCGCCAAUAUUGCUUGCUGGCGGGGUAGUAUCUGCUCUUGCUCUAUUAUUUGCUAUUGGAAUAGUAGUAUAUUUCGUUAAAAGGCCACCCAAAACUCAGUCUAUGCAGGAAGCUAAUGCGCGGCUAGUGAGCGCGUAAGU